UUGAAUUGGUCAUAAUGAGAAACACAAAAAUUAUAAAGUUAUUUGAACUUUAAACUAAAUAAAACAUUGAAAAUUAAAUGUAAAAUGGCUUUUAACAUUUUUUCAGAACUCAAAGAAGAACCUUUAGAAGAAACCAACCAAUCUGUAAUAUCCAAUAUUGCUAUUAAAAAUGAGGAAACUGAUUAUUUUUCUGACAACCCUGAUUUUAUAGAAUUGGGAAGUGAAUCUGACAGGUUUAAUAUCAAAAGCAAUUGUUCCAAAACUAACCAAACUUCUGAUCCCUUACAAAAUCAUUCCUCUAGUCAAGAAGGAGGAUAUAAUGGAUGUGAAAGGUCCUCUGCCAAUAUUGAGAAUAUAUCUCAUGAGAUUACCAAUCUAGAUGAGUUAGAAGAAAAUGGCGAGAAUGGAAGAAAUAAAAACUGUGAAUUACCAAAAGACAUUGAAGAAAGUCGCCUUACCCAUUUCAUGUUACAUGAUUCAGAAGACAGCACCCAAGAUACAACCCGUACUUAUUCUGAUCAAGAUUGGAGUGAACAUGAAGAUGGUGUAUAUAAAUGUAAGAUAUGCAAUGAACAAUUCAGAGAUGCAUUAUACUUGCAACAACACUUUAAAGACAGAAGGAUUGGAGACAAAAGUUAUAAGUGUUGUGGUUGUACUAAAGUCUUUAGGGAUACCACACAACUAAACGUUCAUUCGAGAAAGCACACAGGCGAAAAACCAUACGCCUGCACAGUUUGCGAUAAAAAGUUUUCUGUAAACGGUAACCUUAGUAAGCACAUGAGAAUCCAUACUGGUGAAAGAAGGUUUGAAUGUUUUACUUGCCAGAGAAAGUUUACCCAAUUUGCUCACCUAGAAGAUCACAUUAAAACUCAUUCAGGCGAACGACCUUAUGUGUGUGACUUCUGUAAUAGUGCCUUUAAAACACCGGCUAGAUUAAGAAAACACAAAAAAUCACAUGAAGAGCAACACGUUUCAAAAAGAUCUGUUCCAUGUCCGGUGUGUUCAAAGGUAAUGAAGAGUACGAAGCAAUUAUUAACACACAUGAAUACCCAUGAUGAAGGACCUCACAAUCCAUUCCCUUGUGACCAAUGUGGGAAGAGUUACAAAAAUUUAUUUUCUCUAAAUCUUCAUUUAAAAGUUCACGGAAAUAUCAGGGAUUAUCAAUGUAUGCUUUGUGAUAAGGCGUUUACUAACGCUAGUCAUUUGCGGAGGCAUUCCAAUUCGCACACAGGAUUACGUCCAUUUGUUUGUAAUAUCUGUAUGAGGGGUUUUCCCUGCUCGCAAAAUCUUAAGAGACAUAUGAUGACACAUACAGGCGAAAAACCAUUUUGUUGUGACCUAUGUAACAGGAGAUUUUUGACAUUUGAGAAUCUUAACAGACACAAGAGGACGCAUACAGGGGAGAAACCUUUUUCAUGUAAUAUUUGUGGAAGACUUUUUGCUCACAGCACCACGGCCAAAGAACACGUAAGGAUACACACAGGAGAAAAGCCAUUUUCUUGUCCAUUUUGUAUAAAAAGCUUUGCUCUGAAUAAAGCCUUGUAUAAACACGUGCGAGAAAACCAUCCGUUUGAUUUUGAUGAGUUUAAGAGAGAAAAUGACUUACCUCUAAAUAUGCGUAAAGCGAAAGAGAAAUUAAGACGAGAAGCACGUGAUAGAUUAAAACGGGAAGCUAUGUCCAUAGAAGAUACAGAUCUUAAGCAACUUAUAACCAGUGAGCCAGUUAUGAUUAAAUCUGAACCAAAUGAUGUAACAGUAAAAACAGAGAAGAAUGAAGGAGGUAUACGACCGUUCAUGGAGACUCUCCAAUUAAAACCUGUUGAUAUUAAACUGGAGAUUGAUAGCGAUAUUGUAGGAAAUUCACUAAUUAUUAAAAAAGAAAAUGACGAGAGCGAUGACAGCUAACAUUAUUUUUGAUUUUGUAUGAAUUAAUUAAAAAUGUUGUAUAUUUUGUUUGCUGUUUGGAUAAUUAUUUAUAUUGUCAUGAUUGUUAAUUGUUUAAAAGUUAUAUUAAUUGAUAAAUAUAUUUUGUUCU